GGAUUUAUUACCAGCUCAUUCAUCGUUGAACGGUAAAGAUGUACUUGAUUUCUUGAGCGUUCUUUAUCCUAUUUUUGGCAAUUUUACGAUCGAGUCCCUUGAUAUUAACAGAAAACGACCAAGCAGGGCAUCUAGACUUACAGUAGGCCCAGUGCCAGUUGGCGAGUAG